AAAUAAUAAUCUUUCUCUGUACGAAACAGACUAGUUGCGAAACGCGAAAGAACAAGAUUCGACAAAAGCUAAAAAUAAAAUAAAAGAAGAAGCAAAACCCUAGAGCUCAAGGUAAUCGCCGUCGAUUUCUCAAUCUCUCACCGGCGAUUACAUGCCGAUGAAAGUUGUACAAUAGCUGCUGUAAGAGAGAGAUUUAUCAGGUAUUUUUAGAAUCAUGUAUAGAGACAGAGGAACGGUGAAUUCGAGACCUGAAGUUGUGGAUCGUAAACGGAUCAACGACGCUCUUGAACGUCCUUCUCCUUCAACCUCUCGUCAAGUUAACGGCAAAGGCAAAGGAACCGUUACGGCGGCGACGACGACGGCGAACUUGAUUGGGAAGCAGCAGUCGAAUAACAUCAACCAUAGAGAUUCUCGUUCUGCUUCUCUCUCGAAGAACAAUACGGUUUCUGAUGACACAGAUAGUGAAGAAUCAGAUGUGAGUGGUUCUGAUGGAGAGGACACUUCAUGGAUAUCUUGGUUUUGUAAUCUAAGAGGAAACGAGUUCUUUUGUGAAGUUGAUGAUGAUUACAUUCAAGAUGACUUCAACUUGUGUGGACUCAGCAGUCUAGUUCCCUACUACGAGUACGCUCUUGAUUUGAUUUUGGAUGUUGAAUCUUCUCAAGGAGAGAUGUUUACAGAGGAACAGAAUGAAUUGAUCGAGUCAGCAGCUGAGAUGUUGUAUGGACUGAUUCAUGCUCGUUACAUAUUGACUAGCAAAGGAUUGGCAGCAAUGUUAGACAAAUACAAAAACUAUGACUUUGGAAGAUGUCCAAGAGUUUAUUGCUGUGGCCAACCUUGUCUUCCGGUUGGUCAAUCAGACUUACCGCGAUCUAGCACUGUGAAGAUAUAUUGCCCGAAAUGCGAAGACAUUUAUUACCCACGAUCAAAGUAUCAAGGCAGUAUCCUUUUUUCUACAGUUUCACUUCUGCUGAUAUAGAGUUAUAUAAAUGCAGUUCUGAAAAACUUUGAUGUUUGAUUCUUAUUGCAUGAAGAAAUGAUUUUUCUUUUGAGUUUCUAGUGAUCUUUGGUGUUACCUUUUUUUGCGGUUUUCCUUAAAAGAAUGAACAGACAUUGAUGGAGCUUACUUUGGGACAACGUUUCCACAUCUGUUCCUGAUGACUUAUGGGCAUCUCAAGCCAGCGAAGGCAACACAAAACUAUGUUCAAAGAGUGUUUGGGUUCAAAUUACACAAACCGUGAAGGAAGUUUGACGACAAAACCCAAGGAUCAAGAUCAUGGCGUUGGAAUGGAACUGAGAAAAGAAGAGACGUGUGUGAACAGAAACGGAAAAUAAAACGCACUGUAAUCACACGAAUGGUGAAGAGAGCAUUCAUGUCUCUAUUUGUCUUCAGGUACAUACACAUUAGAAGAAAGCAAAAGCAUGGUUAGAAAGAAAAAAAACACGAAAAUCUUUUAAUGAGUUUGUUAAACUUGAACAUGUAUUUUUCUACCUUCUGUAAACUUUUUUAUUUUGUUUCUUUUCUCAGUGUCUGAUUUAGUCAUUUAUCAUUUAAAAAAGUAUCCAUUAAAAUUUAUCAAAGAUUUCAAUUUGUGAAG